UGCAACAUAGUGAGCUUUUUCCAUUUCACUCCUAAUGUACUGCCCACCAGCAGCAAGGCUCUUAUGCAACCCUGUACUGAUCACCUGACAACUGGUAGAAAAGGUCACAUAUAACAUCACAAGAACCUUGAAAAUGUUGUUUUAAGUAGCUCUCCUGCUCACUGCCUGCUUCCACAUUUACUCACCUCUCCCCCACCUGUUCCUGAGACACUCCGUGCUUUGCUGCUGGGCUUCAAAAAUAAGUGUUGUUCAUCUACCCUAACCAAACUACAGCUCUGACAUAAGGAGGACGAACACACAGGUUCUCCCUCCGUUUCAGAGAGUCACCUUGGCCUGUUUCUGGAGGGUAUCUUGGCUAGAGCAGUGGAUUCUCUCUUUGCUGCAUGGUCUUCUUUCUCUCUGUGGUCAUCUACAAGAGAUUCAACAUCUCCUGUCCUCUGGAAGUGUUCUCCCAGACGACACAUGCACCGCCAAAUUCUUCACCAUCAACCAUGAGCCCAACCAAAAGAAGAAUGCAGAACAUUGGCCAUGUUUCCAUCCUGGGAAUGUUCAUCAUGUACUUCUUAACUGCCAUAUUUGGCUAUCUGACCUUCUAUGCGAACACUGAAGCAGAGCUCCUCCAUACCUACAGUAAGGUGGACCCCCUGGACUCUCUGAUCCUGUCUGUUCGAUUGGCUGUCCUGGUGGCAGUCACGCUGACUGUACCUGUGGUCUUGUUUCCCAUCCGCCAUGCCCUCCUGGAGAUACUGUUUCCAGGGAAGCCCUUCCACUGGCUUCGUCAUAUUGCCAUUGCAGUGUGUCUGCUGUUUUCUGUCAACCUGCUGGUCAUCUUUGUUCCCAAUAUUCGAUAUAUCUUUGGCAUAAUUGGAGCCACCACUGCUCCCAGUCUGAUCUUUAUCCUUCCUGGACUGUUCUACAUCCGCAUCAUCCCCUCUGACCUUGAGCCUAUGAACUCCAGACCAAAGAUACAGGCUUCAUGUUUCACAGCGCUGGGUUUCAUAUUCAUGACCAUGAGUCUGACAUUCAUCGGGAUUGACUGGUUGAUUGGAGAAAACCGAAGUCACGGUGGCCAUUAAAGAGCAGUCCUUUGGAGACCAAGAAAGAUUCAAUCUACCGCAGAUAGGAUCGUGGCUUCAAUAGUGAUAUAGACAGUGAAUUCCUCAAGAGUGUAAAAAGGAACCCAACAUAGUCCUGUUACCAUAUCAAGUUGAUAUAUAUAUAUAUAUAUAUAUAUAUAUAUAUAUAUAUAUAUAUAUAUAUAUAUCACCAGGAUGUUAUCAAAUGUGAUGCCCCUCUGUUCUGUAUGAGGAGUUGAUGAACAUGUUGACCAUGGAAGUCAAGAGGAGCUAUAUGUGUUGUAUUGUAACUGCAAUAUUCAAAGCAAAUUGGGCCAAUGUCUUCUGUAGUUAUACGGUGUUUGAUAGAAAAACAUUAAAAUAAAGAACCCUCAGAACUCCGAAUUAAAUAACAUUCUUAAAUGCAUUCAGAUAAUUCACUUCAAUUGAUGGAUACGUUUUGAAGGACACUAAAUCUCAUUGCCAAGCAUCUUGUAUGGCAGCUAUUUUGCCUUGAAAAGUAAAUUGAAAAGUAAAUUUUAAAUGUUGCUUUUCCAUAUUUAAUCUAAUUAAUAGCUUCGUAACAAUUGUUUAAGCAGGAGAUGUAUGCAGUGUUUUUACAGAGCUGUCAACUUUUUCAAAAAAGCUUGGAGUGAGAUUUUGUCGGGGUCGACCAAAAUUUUGUAGCGCACGCAGCCACACACGUUGGUGGCUCAAAUAUCAGGGAAUUUGAAUUAAUUUGGCGUUGUAUCCAUGUUGUGCCCUGCAUUCUGGUGGUUUGUGGGGUCCAAAGUCUUUGAUAGGGGCCGCCUAUACCACAAGGGUCAUUUAAAACAGCACCCUUUUCACCCUUUCUAAAACAGCCCUCCUGAGACUGACCUGUUUUGAGUGCCCGGGCAUCACAGGAGAGGCUGUCCACUGAGCGAGCGCCCAAGCACGGGUUAGGGUUAGGGUUAAUGCAGCCGGAGACCGGGGGGGGGGGGGGGGGUUCUGGAACACGUUCCGGUGCUUUUUCCUAACAAAGCUCCCCACAAACAGCUGUUUUCUAUUUAUACCUGCUGCUUCAACCGGGGGCGACACACACACAGAAGCUACGACUCGGGUUAGCCUCCGAAAGCAUUAUUCCUCCACCCGAAAUGGGAUCUCUCCCCCCACCUCCCAGUCCGAUGCUUUCUCGGAUGGGGUGCCACAUUUUCCUGCAACACUGCUGUAAACAAGUGCACAAGCAACCAUUCCAGAAAGUGCUGCAACUUUAAACACAAACUAGCAGCAAGCUAGCGUUAGUCUUACGGGUAGCAGCAACGAGCUAUCUAAACGGCUACAGCGGCAGAGACAUGGUCCCCUCACUGGCACGUCCCCUGAGAAAACACCGACACGUCCACCGGCAGCGAGCCGCUGACAUGGAGCCAGCAGCCUGUUUGAAACUUGGCUGAACAGCACUACUGGCAUAGCAAAAAUGAUAGAGACCUGUCCUCCAAACUAUGGGUUUUAUCAGACAUUACAGAAAAGGAGGAGGGGUUGCAGUUAUCUAUUCUACAUAGUUUGUAUGCAGAAACAUUGACCUGGGGGAUUUAAAUCAUUUGAAUAUCUAGCUGUUGAGCUCAAAGCAAAAUUAUCAGUAUUAAUUAUCACAGUUUACCACAGAGGUAUUCACCGCUUUUUCUGCAGGAACUCUCAGAGCUGGUAUCGCAAUGUGUCACUUUAUGUGAUAGGCUAAUUCUGAAAGAAGACUUGAAUAUUCAUGUUAAUAUCAAGAAUGAUCCCGAAGUUACGGAAGUUAUAAAUUUACUUCAAACCUGUCAGCCAAACCAGCAUGUACUGGAAGACACCCAUGGCAAGGGAACUAAGUGACAACAGGAGGGUAAAACAUGAAGAAUGUUUCAGUAUGUGAAAUACCAAUCUCUGAUCAUCACUCUGUAUCUUGCGGUUUCACACGAACCAUCAUAUAGUAAGCAUGGGCUAUGAUAACAAGAAGACUGCUCGAUAUAAAAUAUUUCUCCUCAGAUACUCGACCAUUUCUGACAAUAAUCCAUCAAUUCAUUGACCUUCCAUUAUGCUACAAAGUGUUUAUUUUAAUCUAUGCUGCAAAUACCCUUAUCUUUAUGAUGUUCUCAAUUACACAGGGCAUAUUUUGCACUUCUGUCUGUCCUGGGAGAGGGAUCCCUCACAUGUUUCUCUCUGAGGUUUCUACGUUCUUCUUACCCUAUUAAAAGUUUUUUAAGGGCAGAGGAUGUCACGCCUUGACCUAUGAGAUCAAUUGUGAUUUGUGAAUAUGGGCUAUACAAAUAAAACUGUAUUCAUUGAUUGA